CCGGGUGCUCGCACUAGGUCCGGGCCCGCGCGGUGCCUUCUGCCCUGCUGCGGCCGCCUACAUUUUUUUUUUCUUUCCUUUUCGCAAUUUUGAACAUUUUGCAAGACGAGGGGUUCCCGAGGCAGGUGAGAGCAGCUUGCACGUCGCGGAGGAGCCCGCGGGCACUUGGCGCGCUCUGCCGGGACCGUCUGCACUGGGAACCCUAAAGUUUUUUUGGUUUUUUAAAAAUAUUUUUUAUGCAGAUGUAUUUAUAAAGAUAAAAGUAAUUUUUUUCUUCCCUCUCUCCACCGCCUUGAAAGCGGCUACUUUUGGCAAAGGACGAAGGAAAAACUCAGCAACAUUUUGUGGGCGAUUAGUUUGGGUUUGUUUUUUUUUUUUUUAAAGAAAAAAAUUCAGUGCAUCGCGAUGGAGAAAAUGUCCCGACAGCUCCCCCCGAACCCCACCUUUAUCCCGCCUCCCUACGGCGUGCUCCGGUCCCUGCUGGAGAACCCGCUGAAGCUCCCCUUUCAUCACGAAGACGCAUUUAGUAAAGAUAAAGACAAGGAAAAGAAGCUGGAUGAUGAGAGUCACAGCCCAACAGUCCCCCAGUCAGCAUUCUUGGGGCCCACCUUAUGGGACAAAACCCUUCCGUAUGACGGAGAUACUUUCCAGUUGGAAUACAUGGACCUGGAGGAGUUUUUGUCGGAAAAUGGCAUUCCCCCCAGCCCGUCUCAGCACGACCACAGCCCGCACCCUCCCGGGCUGCAGCAAGCUUCCUCUGCUGCCCCCUCGGUCGUGGACCUCAGCAGCAGGGCCUCUGCACCCCUUCACCCUGGCAUCCCGUCUCCCAACUGUAUGCAGAGCCCCAUCAGACCAGGUCAGCUGUUGCCAGCAAACCGCAAUACACCGAGUCCCAUUGACCCUGACACCAUCCAAGUCCCGGUGGGCUAUGAGCCAGACCCGGCAGAUCUUGCUCUUUCCAGCAUCCCCGGCCAGGAAAUGUUUGACCCUCGCAAACGCAAGUUCUCUGAGGAGGAACUGAAGCCACAGCCCAUGAUUAAGAAAGCCCGCAAAGUCUUCAUCCCUGAUGAUCUGAAGGAUGACAAGUACUGGGCAAGGCGCAGAAAGAACAACAUGGCAGCCAAGCGCUCGCGGGACGCCCGGCGGCUGAAGGAGAACCAGAUCGCCAUCCGGGCGUCGUUCCUCGAGAAGGAGAACUCGGCGCUGCGCCAGGAGGUGGCCGACUUGAGGAAGGAGCUGGGGAAAUGCAAGAACAUUCUUGCCAAGUAUGAGGCCAGGCACGGGCCCCUGUAGGAUGGCAUUUUUGCGGGCUGGCUUUUGAGUAGAUGGACAGCUCCUUUCCUGUCUGAUAGCACCACACCCAAACCAACCUUUCUGACAGCAGCACUUUACCAGAGGCAUAAACACAACUGACUCACAUUUGGGUGUGCAUCUGUGUGUACGUGUGUGCGCGUAUCUGUGCUCGUGCUCCUGCGUGUGGUCAGCGGCGUGUGUGUGUGUGUGCGUGCUCCUUUGCACUUGCCAUUUUAAGAUAACCCUCUCAUCGUCUUUUAGUUCUAAAAGAGGUGCCAUGUUUUUACGAGACUUUGGUGACCUUUUGUGGGUCCCUCCCCGAUUCUUCUCCCCUCCCGCCCUGUCAGCCUUGCUUCAUGUCUGAGCUUACCUACUCUUCCAGGACUCUCUGCUUGGGUUCACCGAGAAGGGCCCUGGUACAAUAGUGGAUCUCAGUUUUUAAGAGUUUAAGCUCUUGUUUCUGUUGAAUCUGUAAGUUGCCGUGCUGAUAAGGUGCAUAAAAUAACACAGCACUACACCGCAGCUCUAUUCAUUUACAGGUUGCUUUCCUCAUAUUUUUCAGUUUUGGUGAUAACUGUCUUCAAAUUUAAAGUGCUGUUUAGAUUUAUUAGAUCCCAUAUUUACUUACUGCUAUCUACUAAGUUUCCUUUUAAUUCUACCAACCCCAGAUAAGUAAGAGUACUAUUAUAGAACACAGAGUGUGUUUUUGCACUGUCUGUACCUAAAGCAAUAAUCCUAUUGUACGCUAGAGCAUGCUGCCUGAGUAUUACUAGUGGACGUAGGAUAUUUUCCCUACCUAAGAAUUUCACUGUCUUUUGAAAAACAAAAAUUAAAGUAAUGCAUUUGAGCAUGACCAGAACAUCCCCAGGACAGGGAAGCAGAGGCAAAUGGGAGGUCUAAGAAGGAGGGAUUAAUUUAUCUGUACUCGAGCCAAAAAAAAUGUGUAUUGAAAUAGCCUUUGACAUUGAUAUGUUGGGUUUUGUGUACCCCCUCUCCCAAACCCACCCCAUGCCCACUUUUCUAGUUAACUUUUUCCAUAUCCCUCUUGAUAUUCAAAACAAUUCAAUGACUUAAGAUUCAGUUUUCCCAUUUUUUGUAAUAUAUAUAUUUUUGUGAAUUAUACUUUGCUGUUUUUAAAAAUCAGUUAAUUAAGUUAAUAAGUUGGUGUUUUGUACAGACCCUUUUUUCCUAGUGGUGUCAUUUUCGAAUGCCUCGUAAAUUAAUGAUUCUGGAGCUUAUGUUUCUUAUCCUCUGUUUGUUUUCAAACGUAUGUGCUCUUAUAAAGUGGACUUCUGAAAAAUGAAUGUAAAAGACACUGGUUUAUCUCAGAAGGGGAUGGUGUUGUCACAAACUGUGGUUAAUCCAAUCAACUUAAAUGUUUACUAUAGACCAAAAGGAAAGAUUAUUAAAUUGUUUAAUGUUUAUACAGAGUAAUUAUAGGAAGUUCUUUUUUGUACAGUAUUUUUCAGAUAUAAAUACUGACAUUGUAUUUUGGAAGACAUAUAUUAUAUAUAGAAAAGAGAAAAGGAAGACUAUUCCAUGUUUUAAAAUUAUAUAGCAAAGAUAUAUAUUCACCAAUGUUGUACAGAGAAGAAGCGCUUGGGGGUUUUUGAAGUCUUUAAUAUUUUAAGCCUAUCACUGACACAUCAGCAUGUUUUCUGCUUUAAAUUAAAAUUUUAUGAUAGUAUUGAGGCUUGCCAUGUGAAUCCUGCUCUGAAAUACAUAAGGAGCCUUCUCGUUUCUUAUUAGGUCUCAGAAAGAAGUUGGUUAACAUCACCCAAAAGCACAAAAUGGAUUUUAGUCAAAUAUUUAUUGGCCGAUACAGUGUUUUUUAGGAAAAGCAUCUGCCACAAAAAUGUUCACUUCAAAAUUCUGAGUUCCUCGAAUGGAAUGUUGCUGCCAGUGCCCCCAAACAAUUCUGCUCUCCUCUGUGGGCCCAUGCGUCUUCUGCAGUAGAAGGUUGAUAUCGGUGCUAUGUGUAUGGCUUGUCAUUUGGUAGACGCUUUGACUUUAAAGAUGAUUGUUAUUUUGUUACAUUAAGUUGUAUAAUGUCAAGAGAUUCUGCUGUUACUGCAAAGAAACAUUUUGUGCUAGAUUAAAAUACCCUUUCAUCAAUGGGAUUUUCUAGUUUCCUGCCUCCAGAGUAUCUAAUUCUUUAACAAUCUGGUGGCCUCCUUGUCAGUCCAUCCAACAAUGCUUCUCUCAUGGUGUCAUAGUCUUGGGAAACUCAACCAGUAGGAAAUUCCUACUAGGUAUCCAUUUUGUUCCAAGCUACAGAUAAUGGCCAGAGAUGGGGAAUAUUGGAAUUGAAAUACAUUGUUCAGGUAAACAGUAAAAUGAACAAAACCGUUGGUAACCUUAAGCAGAACUGAAUAAGAGAUAUUCAAUAAGAAGCACAAGUGGACACAGAGUUGGCUUAUUUUAUAGGCAAAGGGGCUGACCACAGAAUUGGUGAAUGGCAAUACUCAUUAAAGCAAAGACAAGUUCUAUCUCUAAGUGGAGAUGUAUUGAAGGAUUGCACCACGGACCAUCCAAAUUUAUGGAAAUAUCCAAUGGCAGCUGAAAAAAACCAUAUUUGAACACUGGAAUUCGGUGUUUGUAUGAAAUGAGCAUCACAAAUGUUUUCUGCAGAAGAAAUAAAACUCAUUCUUUUGUGUGCUGGGGAGGUUUCAGAAACCUACCUCAUGUAAAAAAUUUUAACACUUUGGAGUUUGUACAGGUGCCUUAUAUGUAGGUCAUUGUUACAUACAUGCAAAUACUCAGUCCUGGACUGGCCGCCUGUCUGUCCAGGGCAGGUGACGAGUAAAUAAGGCAGUUCUACUACCUGGAGUGAGAAGCCUUGGCCUGAUGUGUAGUGACUUGGAUCAACCUUCAGACUGCAGCUGCUGUAAGACUCUGUUGUCAUUUUUCACCUUUUCAUCCUAAGCAUCUUUCAGAGAUUAAUUACUUGGCCAUUAAAAAUGAAUUCAAAUCAAAUCACACUGACAUCAUUUGGACCAGGUUUUGAGUGAGUGACAUAAGACUUUCUGAUUAGGUCAUGUCAUUGUUUCUUUUGCCUAGACUUGGCAAAGAAAGACAAAAAUCAAUCAACCUAUCUUUCUGCUGGUGCUACCUUUAGGUAGGUAGGGGAUGAGAGGACUGUAAAUGAUCCCUUCCUUCUCUUGAGAAAGUGGUCACUUUGGACCAUUCAAAAGCCACAUUAGACAAGAUUGUGGUAGGCAUUUUGUCUCAAAAACAACAGGCCUCCAUGGAACCAUCCUCGAAGCUGCAGGACCUUGUGUAUGAAAAGAGAACAGAUGAGAUUCUGGCCUUGGGUGGGUGGGAAGGUGUACUAGAUAACUCAGAGGUUCCUUCCAACCCACUGGUUUUGUGGAGGAACUCAAUAAUUCUAAAUACACAUUCAGAAGGUUUAGGGUCUGCUUUCAGAAGAGUCAAGAAGAAUUUUAAAUGGCACCCUCUGCACUGCUCCAGGGUAAAAACAAUAGACAUUCUGUAAAAUGCAAAGUUAAGAUUUUGGUUUUUCCAGUAGUUCAUCUAAUUUUUCCCUAAUUGGAGUGAUCCCAAGGUGGGUCAACUUGGCCUCUUGCCUGUGCGUGGCAUGUGGAGGCCUGGAUUUAACACUGGGGUCAGCAUCCUGCAGGCGACUGAGACUAGCUGCUCUGCCCUCCACGUGGUAAACACCUUCUGCUCUUGGGCUGUCCACUCGCUGCUAAGGGAUCUAGGUACCCCCCACUGGCAAGGACAAGGUCUCCUCCAGGUCUUCUCUACAGUCAAUAAUGUCAUUUAAAAAAUGAGCAAAGCCUUAUCCUAGAUCUCAAUGAAUUGGAUUUAGCAACUAAAAUCAAUGAAUUUUGCAGGGGGCCAAGUGUGUGUGUGUUUGUGAAUAUUUUAGCCAAGAUGUAACAUCUUUAAUUUUCUAGCACCUUACCAAACAUAACAAUAAUCCAUUAUCCUUUUGGCAGCACCACAAAGAUCGCAUCUGUUAAACAGGUACAAGUUAACCUAAGGUUAGUUUAAUUGUACACCAUGAUACUGGUGGUAUUUAUGCUGUUAAGUCCAAACCUUUAUCUGUCUGUUCUUCUUAAUGUUUAAUAAACUUUGAAUUUUUUCCUUUC